AUGUCAUCCAAAUCAAGCAAAACGGCCCUCUCAUACCUUGAAGGAUUCAAGACACUCUCACCGGACAUCUUUCUCGCCUUUCUGGCGCCGACCGCCAUUCACAGAUUCGCCCCGGCCUCCCUCUCUCCACCCGAACCCAUGAGCCCAAACGUAUUCGCCAGUCAUCUGGAAGGGCUACGGGAGGUCCUCGCAGAAUUCCCCGUUUUUCCCAAGGAAAUUUUCGAGAAUGGCGAUAAAGGGCAAGUGACUAUCUGGGCUACUAGCGAAGCAAAAUUUAGGGAGGGAUGUAAAGAUGAUGGCCUCACUGAAGAGGAGUGGGCCUAUCAAGGCGAAUACAUUUUCAUCUUCACUUUGGACGAGAGCAAGGAGAGGAUUGUGGAUAUUGUUGAGUUUUUGGAUAGUAAAGGAACCGAGAGACUGAGGGCGUUGAUGACUCGGGCGCGCAAGAAUUUGCAGGUGAAAAGAGACUAG